AUGAGAAAAAACUACAAUAAAAAGUUGAAUGAAAUCAGUGAGAAAUUAAUAUUAGAAUAGUUAUUAUCAAUUGAAGGAAGCAAAGAUACCAAAAAAAUAAAGAAAGUAACAAUUUAAGCUGUAGAAGAUGAAUAAUUGUUAAAAGAUUCAAAAUAAUUAAUUGAAAAAUAAAAAGUGACUCAAAACUAAUCAAUAACAAUUUAAAAAUCAAGAAUCAAUAUUUAAAAAAGAAAUUGA